GGGGAGGAGCUAGCAUGAGGAUGCUGUCAGGUUGCCGUGGUUUCAGCCUUCUGAUUCUUGUUGCAACCAUCAUGGUGGAUCUGAGAGUGUCCGUGUGAACCAGCGUGAGUGUGCACGAGCAGGGAUUGUUUUUAGCUGUGAGGAUACAUGUCAGCACUCCAGAGGCGAGGAGGGAAGGAAGCUCGAAAAGAGGGGAGGACGACAGGAUUAAUUCUGACCGUGACCGGAGAGAAGGACAGGAACAUCUCUCCAUCUUUGCUGAACGAACUGAAGAGGAAGGAUGAAGGUAGAGUAAAUUCUUGCUGAUUGUCAGGUCAUUAGGGAAUCAUGACCUUCCAGGAAGAGGCUUCCUUUAGCCAUUUUUUUCAGUAUGUAGAGGACAGUGGACUCCGAACAUACGACGGGCUUGUAAUCCAAAAUGCCUCAGACAUUUCCAGAGAGAGCGACCGCGUACGUAACCAGACCAACUGGACUUACCUGCAAGAAAAGCACCAAAAGAAGAGACGGCAGGAAGAGGCCGUCAAAAGGACCGGAGAGGAUGUCUCCAUGGCAGCAGAUGGUGCAUACUCUGGGAAACAUUUCAGAAUGGGCUUCAUGACGAUGCCAGCCCCUCAAGAUCGACUGCCCCCAUCCAGCCAGGGCUUCACUGUCCGGUCUCAGUCCCUUCAUUCCGUUGGUGGGGGGGAGGACGACUCCAGCCACAGUCGCAAACAGCCCCCCCCCAAACCUAGACGAGACCCUAACACCAAACUGAGCAGCAGCUCCGAGGCAGUGGACAAAGGCUCUGGUUUCAGUGAAGCUGUAGAAGCAGCAGAAGCUCAUUGCCACAUUGAUGAUUUUAAAAAGAUGCCUCCACCCAAACCCAAAAGAAAUCCCAAUACUCAGCUGAGCAGCUCCUUUGAUGAGUCCUACAUUGGAAACCACAGCAAGGCUCAGAUUCCAGCAGACACUGAUGAGGAGGAGCCAGUUUACAUUGAGAUGGUGGGGAACAUUCUCCGGGAACUGAAGAAUUCCGACGUUCUGGACGCUGAGCAGAGUGAAUCUGUGUAUGAGGAGAUGAAGUACCCCAUCCCGGAGGACUUCCAGUCCACCGUCAUGCAUCCAAAAACCUGGUCAUCCCGUGACUCCCUUUGUGACAUUCCUCCACCUUUCCCCAACCUUCUGAGCCAUCGCCCCCCACUCCUGGUGUUCCCACCUGCCCCAGCCCAGUGCUCCCCCAAUUCUGACGAGUCGCCCCUCACCCCGCUGGACGUCAGCCGUUUGCCUAUGUUAGAAGAUGUUAAUUUUAGCAAGCCUAGCAGUGCUGACUCUCCACAGAGUUCUACACACCACCACAAAGACCGGGAUCUUCCCUCCACCCACACCAUCACAUCCUCUGGUCGCUCCUCAGCUCCGCCUCUCCCAUCCAGUUUUUAUAAGUCAUCUGGCUCCACCCACAGUGGUCAUGGAUACCCCCGAAGCCAAUCAGCAUGUCCCUCUCCAGUCAGCAUGGGUCGCUCCCUGACUCCUCUAAGUCUCAAAAGACCACCGGCCUAUGAGACGCUGGUAGCAGUAGGAAGCAUCCCUCACUCCUCCUCCUCCUCCUCCUCAUCCUCGCAUAAAGCUGGUGAGGGUGGAGCUAAACUCAGCAACUCGUCCUCCACAUACGGCUCUAUGCACAACGUAUCGAUAAGGUCUCAGACUCCAACGAGCCCGAUGGAGGAGCAGAAUACCAUGAAGAGAAGUUCUGGUGGAAGGAAAGGAAGGGAGGUGGAAGGAGACUCCAGGACUCUGCCUAGACAUGACAAGAGAGACGUUCAUUCAAAUCCCAUGUCCAGUAGAAUUGGACGAUCCUCUGUCAGCCCCACCAUGUUCCAAUCAGGAGGAGAAUCUCAGGCGGUCUGUAAACUCGGCCGAUCAGCAUCCACAUCAGUGGUUCCAUCGCCGUUUGGAACACCACCACGCCAUCUGGAGGAGUCUCAGCAUCCUGCCCUCAGCCAGGACUGAACUUUGCAGAGCAGCACAGACAGAAGCUCCAGAGCAUCAACUGAAAUCUCAUUUGAAAGGAGAAGUUUUAACUUUGCGUCUUCUGUCUGACAUUUAGUCAGAACUUUGUUUCAAUAACAAUCUGAAUGUUUACCAGGAAAGUCACAUGUUAACACUAACAAUACUAACACUUCACCAACAUCAUACUAUGUCUAAACUAAUAGUGGCAUUCAUCUUUGGCAUCCAAGCAAAAAUCUGUUAAAACAAAAAAACAGAAAGUAAAUCAAACCUGAUCUUCAUUUGGACCUCCUGCACCAGCAAGUGGCUCCCAGUAAUAAACUCCAACCUCCUUACAGCCCAGCUUAUGUGCUUCUCUGUCGGUACGCUGCCAUGUGGCGAUAUUUUUAGCUAGUGAAGGACUCAAGAUGAAAGGGGAAGGCCAUACCAAUUUCUAAUGAACAUGGCACUCAAGAGAAAGUGUCAGAGCCCUGAAACUUGAAGUCCUUCUCCAAAUUUGACUAGCCAAAAUAAAAAAUAAAUAUUUACAGAAUUUCACUAAAAAGUCUUGAACAUUCAAGUAAAGGGAGGCACAGAGUUAUCAACUGAUCAGUACCUGAUGGAGACAUGGAUCUGUUGGGGACGAAGGAGGCCGAGAGCCUUGGCUGACUCAAACAUACUGUGAGGUUUGCUGGGAACGUUAGGCUGAGCCAUCUUAACUCCCAACAUCCAGGAGAAGUUUGAAUAGUUACAGAGGGAGGGUUGAAGUGGACCAUGUUCUCCACCUCUACUGUCUUGCAGCUGUUCUGAGCUGUAGGUCAUGGUGCCUGUUACAUUUCUGUUAUUCAAAUAAGGGAUGCUGUCAAGCUGAAGUAGUCUAACUGGCUCAGUUGGUGGGCCUGUGGAUCUAGAGCGGAAAGGUACUGCCAGUCCAAAUGAACUCUGACCCUGGCAAUUGUGGAGGCUAAAACUGUCUUCUUAGUUUUCAGAGGUAUUGAAGAUGAAAGACUCGACAUUGUUCUUAGUCUUUAAAGUCCUAAAGAAAAUCAAAGAGAAUCUCUGUGGAAAAGUACUGGAGAUGGAUGAUGUUCACCCCAAGUACCUCAAGUCUUAUAUGAAACUAUUUGUGUUGACCCUUCUUUGCAGAACUGCUUGGUAGUUUGGGGAAGAUAUCGAUGGAUUAGAAGACUGAGAUGGGGGUUCCUCUUUUUAAGAAAAGAGACUGAAGGAUGUGUUCUGAGGAAUUACGCUCUUUAGCGUCCCUAAAGUCUUUUCCAUCCAUCCAUUUACUUAAUCCGCUUUAUCCCUUUUGGGGUCAAGGGGUUGCUGGAGCCUAUCCAAGCUACUGUUGGGGCGAAGGCAAAGUACACCCUAGACAGGUCGCCAGUUUAUCAAACGCAUGCACAGAGAGAACAUGCAAACUCCACACAAAAAGGUCUCAGACAUGAUUCAAACCACAUCUUUCUUGAUGUAAGGCGAGAACACUAACCAUUGCACUACCGUACCGCAGAGUACUGGAAUGGAGAGUUUGGUUAAUAGUUGGGCCUCAGAUUCAGAGACAGGUUUCUGUCCUGGUCGUGAAACAGUGGACCAGCUCUACAGCAGGUUCCAACUGAUUCUGCAAAUUGUAUUUUUCUAUGAAUUUUCUAAAUACCCAAUGCAAAUGACAGCCAUCAUGAUUUUUAAGUCACUAGCCAUUAGAGUAUAUAUGUCAUGUUAUUGAACAAACCUCCUGAAGAUAACAGGAUUUUGUUCAAAAAUAAAAACCUUCAAAUGUUCAACAUUAUUACAGCAGAGUUUCACAACCUCCGAUAGAUUCUAAAGAACUGAAAAUGUGUUGAAUCUGCUGCAUUAGGAGGUCAUAUUGACUGAAAUCUAAAACUAUUCCAUCAAAAACAUCUUCAGAGGUCAAGUUCAAUCUGAAUAGCAGCUUCACAAUUCUUCAUUCUUUGAACUUUCUGGAGAGUUUCUGCUGGAAUGUCUCAGCAGGAUAUCAGACUAUUCUCCAGACCUGCAGUUUGGAUGAGAGGCAAAUUUCUAAAUGGGCCGGAAUGUGGGCAAUUUACGCCAGUCUCCCUUCGGUUUGGGCAGAAAGUUGACAUCCAAGUUGACAUCCAUCUUCUGCACAAGUUCAAGGGUCGGGAGAACUCUACUCAGUUGGGCAAGAGUGGCAGACCAUCUCUCUGAGUCUCUACUUCCCGAAGUAUCUUCCCAAAGAGAUCAGACAGCUCGCCUCCCACCGUCUUCAGCUCAUUUCUCACGAGAAUCGCCUUGCGUCUCAUGAGCUUCACCUCUGAGACCGCCUGAAAGUUGAGAUAUCUUAUGAUCCCAAUUGCGAGGAAUCCAAAAAUCAGGAACACGAGUAGAUAUUCAUCUUCAACAUCUUCCUCAGACAGCUGGGCCAGACACAUCAGCCUCCACCUUCCCCAUGGAUCGUUGGUGUAUCCAGCUGCAUGGGAUCCGUCUGGGCAGGAGGGGUCUGCUUUCCAUUCCUUAGCGUGGAAUAAAUCUUGUCAAUCACAUUAAAAGACCAGUGGAUCAGAUCCAUUUUCAGAGAUUCAAAAAGCAGAAGGGUAGUCGAGAGCAAAAACAGCAGCUCACAGGGAAACAAACAGAAGCCAACACAGGAGGGAAGGAGAGAGAAAAAGUGUGUCUGUCCUCGGCAAGAGACAAGGCUAGAAGGAUCCUUGGACCAAGUAUGAAAAUUUUGGAUGCAAAUAUUAAAAGUUUAUCUAAGACAUUCAACUAUUUCAGGCUUUUCAGCAGCAGAGAUCCCUUUUCUGUCUAUAUUACUGAAAAUGUUGGUCUGCUUAAUAAUGUGGAACGUCCUUCUCUAUUGGUUCCCCUUUAGCUGAACUCACCUGGAAAACUGAUGAUCACAGGUGUCUGAGACUGAUGUCAGUGAUCCAAAGAGACACAAAAUCAUCUACGAGUUUCACUGAAAAAAAGAUAAUCUGAUCUUUUUGACUCUUGAAGACUUUGAAAUACACUGUACACCUUCUAAAUGGUCCUGGAAGGUUUGUAGGAGUUUGCUCAUCCAGUGCGUGUGUUUUAGGGAUUUGGUCAAGUAUUUUUUUUUUAUUUUAAUUCUCAAGAUGUAAGCAAUAACCCCUUAUGAUAAGUAUUUAUAAUGAGGGCAUUCUCCAAAAUGUUUCCAGUUAUCUCCAUGACCCCAUAUUCUUUGUUCAGGACUGUUCUGAUGCAUCUUGAGUUUUUCUAGGCAUACACACUCACUGGUUCUUAACAUCAACGGUUUUUGGUAGCAGAGCUUCAGCAGAAGCAGAAUAAUCUGUCUUGUUUGGGGGAAUACGUCAGCCAUUUUCUUUAAUCAUCUCCCCAUUAGCUAACUUUCUAAAGAAAUAACGGUGAUGGCAAGGUUUUUGCCGGUGUAAACACUACCGCACAAUACAAAGCUUCUUCCCUGCGGAUCAGCUGAUUCUUGUUGGCGUGUUAAGAGUUCUGGUUAAGACAGAGACAUCAUCAGAAUUAAAGGUUUAAAACUUGAAAACAAGAAUUCCAGUAGAAUUAGUCUGUUUUUUCCAAAAACAAGAUUAUUUUUCUAAAGAAAUCCGGGGGGGGGGUUCAAGUGAUUGAAUGUAAAUCAAUAGCAAACCUCUGCUUUGAGCCCAUUUUUCCCUUCCUCUUCCGUUUUUUUUCCUUAAAGUUAUAUCUCAGGGUUGUUCUGCUUUUUCACUCCUAAUGUUUUAAAGGAGUAGUAACAGCAGCAACACCACAACACCGCCGCCACCUCGCUUAGACAGUGGCAGUGUCACGUGAGUAGGGGCGCCGUGCCCAUCAUAGUCUUUAUGGACAGAAUUUGUAGACUUAGCCAGGGCCUGGAGGGGAUCUGGUUUGGGGACCACAGGAUUUCAUCUCUGCUCUUUGCAGAUGAUGUUGUUCUGUGGGCUUCAUGGAGCCAGGACCUCCAGCAUGUAUUGGGGAGGUUUGCAGCUGGGUUAGCAUUGCUGAGUCUGAGCCCAUGGUUCUGGACCAUAGAAAUGUAUUUUCUCUUCUCAGGGUGGAGGGCUCAUUGAAUGUUGAUGUGAGGACUGAAUCAGAAAGUGAAGCUCUCAGUUUACAGGUCGACCUUUGUUCCAAUCCUCACUUAUGGUCAUGAGCUCUGGGUCAUGACCCAAAGUACCAGGUUCCCAAAUAGAAGGGUCUGAAAUUAGCUUCCUCCAAAGAGUGGCUGGAUGCUCCCUGAGAGAUUGAAAUAGCUCGGAGUAGAGCCAAUGCUCAUCCACGUUAAGGCGGCCCAGGCAUCUGGUCUAGGGGGGGUGUUCCAGCCCUGAUACAUGCUGGACAGACUACGUCAGUCCUGGAAGCACCUCGGGUUCAGAGGAGCUGGAGGACGUUAGCGGGGAGCAUUUUUGUUUCGGCUGCUGCCCCCACGACCGGUAAACAAAAGGGAUGUUUGAAAACGAUUUUACUCAAGAGUGUUUGUUAAACAUCAAAUACAAGUACAUUUAAAAAAAAGAAGGAGAAAAAAGUUCAAAAACUAUUGAGUACACAGUAGAAUUACACUCUCCUGGUGGUUCUGUCCAGUCAGCAGUGAACAGAUUCAAACUCUAGGACUGAUUAAGAGCAUUAAGACGGGGGGUCCAAAUUGCUAACAGUGACUUACCUGAUUCAUAGCCGACAUCAAACCUCUAGUUUGAGACCCCAACAGAGCAAUGGCAUCUCUGAAAAAACCUGAGUCACAGUAAAGCCACACCCACCAGCAUUUAACCACUCACACAGAAUAUACCCAGCCUUUCAUUUCAAUGAAAACUAACAUUAGUAGAUGUUGGGAAAUAAUUACUAUACAGUGUUUCCUUGUUUAUUACAGAGGUUACGUUCUAAAUAAAACCCAUGAAGUUUAAAAUCUGUGAAGUAGAAUUCUAAAUGUUUAAAGGCUGUAUAACUCCUGAAUACACUCUUCCUUCAUGAUUCAGACAAACAUAUUCAGACUUUUCUUUUUUGUUUAAAUCCUCAAAGUUUAAACCUUCACAGAAAAAUAAGUUUAGGAUCAUAAAAUGGAGAUGCAGAUCUGAUCACAAUCGAAGAUUUAUCUAAAUGUGACGAACUGAAUGCACUGCAUCUCUUCAGGAAACAUAACAUGGAGGAGAUUGAUUGACUAGAUCAAUAGCCAAUCAGGAUGCACAACACUGUGCUAUUUAACAAACAAUGCAAAGCUGAAAAUUUGUAAAACAGCAAGACUGCGAAAGCUGAUCUGUGAUAAACUGCUAGAACACUGUAUGAUGUUUAAUGUACAUUUUUUUCACAUUCUCAAACAACAUAGAAGAAUCUCCUAAUUUCAGAGAGAACAGCAUUAUCUUUAAGACUCACUAACCAAAUACUGUUCAGUUCACAUCUCACUCAUCAUUGGGAAUAUGCACCUUAACUAACACUGGCUUGAAGUUGCUCACCCUAAUCCACAUUAAAAGAUGAUCUUUUUCUAACCUGUCUGUCACUUCUCUUGGUUCUGGUUCUGUUACUGUUUAUCCAGCUGUUUUCAGUGUCAAAAUUAGCUUUUCUCUUCAAACAUUUCCUGCAGAGUUGAUAGAUUUCUUUAAAAUGUGUGUCAGAAGAAUAAUGUUUUGAACCACAUAGACUUUGGAUUGUAUGUAUAGUAAGUAAUCAUCUGCAAAGUUUCUACUAACAAAUACCACAGAAAUGUAAACAACAACAAAACGACAGACAGAAGAUAAAAUAAACCUCAUCCUGUUACCAAGGUGUUUGUCUGGAUGUUUGUUUGUGUUCAAUUGUGUGUUUG